AUGGUCAAAGACGCGCGCGGUCCUUACAACAAGCCCUCCGCUGGCAACGAGGUCGACGAGAUGACCUACAAUUCCCAGGCGGAUGCUCGCUCAGACCACGCCGCGUUCGACGACUGCACCGACCCUGAGACCCAGCCCAUUGGGGCGCGCGGUGCAGACAACCAGCCGACGAACCGUAACUAUCUGCAGGAGGAUCAGGAGACGGAGCGCUCGGAGGAAACAGGGAGGAUCUCAAGCGGUGAGGUCGAUGACUUGCUGUCAAGCCAGACCGCCGAGGAGCGUGAUGCCACCGGCGGCACACGUGGGAAGCGCGUCGAUGCGUUCAAGCAGGAGCGUGACCUCGACCGCGCAUACGAGGAGAGUGGGGUGUAUGACGACCAAAAGGAUGUCGAGAUUCGAUCUGCAACUGGCCGUCAUUGA